AUGAAUUCUCAACUUUCAAAUGAUUAUGCAUACUUAGAAGAACUUCGAAAGGAUGGAAAAUGGAGUGAUAUCAUCGAUUAUGUUCAAAAAUCACAGGAGUUUUUUGUCAAUGGAAAGAAAAUAUUCGAACCUGUCUAUACUUCAUUUGGAAUUGAUGCAGUACAUAUGUUUUUCUCACCAAAUGUUAUAUCUGGUACAGUUUUUGAUGUUUUGAAGUUCAUUGAUACUUGUCAUUUCGUUACGAAACAAGAUAUCGACAAAAUGGAGAUUUCUUUUCUUGAAUUCUGCAUAUUUCAAAGAAACAUGCAAGAUAAUGAAGUUCAUCAUCGACUCAUUUCUUCUUAUUUAUCAGCAUUAGAAACCAUCAUCGAAAAAACAGAAAAUAGAACUGAAAGCAUCUCAAUUGAAAACGAAAAGAACGAAAACAUCAAGAAUAUCAGGCGAAAUCUACUUUCUUUCUUGAAGAACAGUCAAUCUUAUCAUCCUGCCACAUUCUCUCAUAGAGUUCCACCGUAUUUAGUUGAAGAAAGAUUAGUUAUAUUUGCUCGCUCGAAGAAUUAUGAUACUUGUGUUGAAAUAAUGUCGGAAUCAAAAGAUGAAAAAAUUGUUUUCACUUUUUGUGACUAUAUUCUUAACGAAAACGAUGAUAUUUAUACUAAUUUAGCUGUAAAAAUAUCAGGAAAUCCCCAAAAGAACGAAUUAUUCAAGAAAAUACUUAAUACAAGAUAUCAAUACAUAAAUCCUGAUGCUGUUAUAGAUUUAAUACCACCAAAUACUAAACUGGUUGAAUACAAAGAUUUCUUUGAAGGAAUUACAGUGAAAAGAAGAGAAGAAAUUGCAAAAGAAAAAUUAUCUUUGGCAAUAAUGGGUUCAACUCUUGACACAGAAUUAAAGAAUUACGAUAAAUCAAGGACAUCAAAAAUUACUCUAUUUAGUGCUCCAAUUUGUUCAGUUUGUUUCCAACCAAUUGAAUCUGAUUUUGUUUUGAGAAAAGACAAAACGAUUGUGCACAGUACAUGCAACAAAAACGUUGUAUGA